AUGUCUUCUGAAUCCCCCAACAAGUACUACAAAGUCGCGGUUCUUCUGUUUCCAGGCGCAGACAUCCUCGACUUUGCAGGCCCAAUCGAAGUCUUAUCCCAUGUCUCGCACAACCGAAACCCAGAAAACCCCGACAGAAUGUUCGAGAUCAAAACUGUCGCUUGCAGCCCUGCGGUUCGUGCUGCAAGUUCACUCACCGUUCAUGCAGACCUGCUUUUGCCAGAUGCGGUUGAUCAUAUUUCGGAGUUUCAUAUCCUGGUCAUCCCAGGUGGUCCCCCGCCUGUUUUACAGCCAUUAAUGGAAAAAAACGCACCAGAGCUUAAUUUGAUUCGCAAAUUUGCAGCCCUUCCUGCAGAUACCUCCUCAGGCCCCAGAAUAUUGCUGUCGGUUUGUACCGGCUCCUUUCUGCUCGGUGCCGCAGGUUUACUCGGUGGAAUGACUGUGACAACCCACCACCAUGCGCUUGACAGACUUCGGGGUAUCUGUGCUCAGUCCAAUCCUCUGGAUGAGUCUGCCACAACUGUAUUGCACAAGCGAUAUCUUGAUGCAGGUCUCUUGAAAGGACGCGGUGUUCGACUUCUCACAGCGGGAGGCGUAAGCUCAGGCUUAGACGCCACAUGCUACCUUGUUAGUCAAUUGACAACACAUGACAUGGCGGCAUUUAUCGCUCGACUUAUGGAGUAUGAUUGGCGUGAGAUGAAAGAGUGA